AGGAGCUUCGGCGAGACGGUCGCUCUACCGAUGCGCGGUCGGAUACGGAACUUCUCAUGGAUACGGCAAAGUAGCGCGCCGGCGCCUGUCACUCACCGAGCGGAUUUAUUACUCACGAGGAUAGGAUGGGUUUGGUGAUGGGAUGGCAGUGAGCAUGGCCUUUUGGGCAGGCAUAUGGGCCAUUAUCCUACAAUUGGCCCUCUUGCUGUUCUUCUCUCCACCUCCAGGCCACUGCCAAGGUGAAAGAUCCCGCCUACAGUUUACUCAACCACUGUACCAUGCGUCGGUCUACGAGAACUCGGCCGCCCGCACCUACGCUGCCAGCCAGGUGCGCAUGGGCAUCCCUCUCCAACAUCACUCGUGGGAGGUGAGGUACCGCAUCACCUCCGGGGACGAAGAAGGAUUCUUCAAGGCCGAGGAGCACACUCUGGGUGAUUUCUGCUUCCUGCGGAUAAGAACCAAAGGGGGUAAUGCUGCCAUCUUGAACCGUGAAGUUCAGGACAACUACUUGUUGACAGUGAAAGCUUCUAUUAAGGGGGAUACAUUAGAGGCCUGGACUAAAGUUAGUGUGCAGGUGUUGGAUAUGAAUGACCUUCGACCCCUUUUCUCCCCUACCACAUAUUCAGUUACCACUGCGGAAAGCACACCCCUACGCACCAGCAUAGCUCAGGUCACUGCCACGGAUGCCGACAUAGGAUCAAAUGGAGAGUUCUAUUACUUUUUCAAGGAGCGAAUGGAGCUGUUUACUGUACACCCGACUAGUGGAGUUGUUUCUCUCAGUGGGAAGCUGGAUGUUGACACUCAAAGCCGCUAUGAUCUUGAGAUCCAGGCUGUGGACCGGGGAAUGAAGCUCUAUGGGAAUAAUGGAGUAAGCAGUACAGCUAAACUUUUUGUUCAUGUAGAACGGAUUAACGAGCAUGUGCCCAUUCUGAGUAUUGUUACAUUAGCACCUGUAUGGACUGAGAAGUCCCCAGUCGUAGCUGUGGUCACCGUAGAGGAUCUUGAUGAAGGGGCGAAUGGAGAAAUUGAAACAGUGAGCAUUGUGGCUGGGGACCUUCUUGAGCUCUUCAGCAUCGAAAGGACAGAGAUGCCAAGUGAAGAAUUGGUGGAUGAGGAAGUCACUCAGAAAGGAUCUAGAGAGUUUGUCCUUCGUGCAACAGAGCAGUUCGACUGGGACAGUUAUCCGUUUGGAUUAAACCUCAGCUUGCAGGCUCGGGAUCGUGGAACACCUCAGAAGUUUUCUGCUGUGCACACGGUGCACUUACGACUGUCACGACCAGCCCCGGUGGAAGUCAUAUUUCAGAAGGACGAAUACGAAGUCCUGUUGAGUGAAGUUGCCCCUCCUGGGACUGUUGUGGAGGCUGUGAAACUCCAGCCAGAGCCAGAUGAUGCUGAGUACAUCCUGACCCCAUCUACUGAUUCGGGGUUCUUCAGUAUCAACACCAUGACUGGCGUCAUCAGCACGGCACGUUGGCUCACCCAACUCACACAGGAAGUAUUUGAGCUAGAGGUCUUAGAAGUAGACAGUGACCUUAGGGUCAAGGUUAGAGUCAUUCUUGAGGAUGCCAAUGAUAAUGCACCGUCAUUUGCUCAGCAGUCUUAUGAGGUAUUUGUCAAUGAAAGUGUUGCGGUAGGCACCACUGUUGUUGUGGUGACUGCUUCUGAUGGUGACCAUGGGGAAAACGGGUACAUCACAUAUAGCAUGGCUAGCUUGACACCAUUACAUUUUAGCGUGCAGCAGUUCACUGGAGCAGUCACGACAACACAGGAGCUAGACUUUGAAUCAUCUGUAGAGAGUUUUAGUUUUGUGGUUCGUGCUUCUGACUGGGGUUCCCCUUAUAGGCGUGAGAGUGAAGUCAAUGUCACUGUGCACCUAGAGAAUGUUAACGAUAACAAACCCCUAUUUGAGAAAGUGGCCUGUGUUGGUGUAAUCUCUCGAGACCUUCCGGUAGGUGAGGUUAUCACCACAAUGUCAGCCAUAGACAUUGAUGAGCUAGAGCUAGUCAAAUACAAGAUCCUCUCAGGGAAUGAGCGAGGGUACUUUGACUUAAAUCCCGAUUCUGGUGUCAUGACCUUACAUCACUCCCUAAACACUGCAGCACCCAAAAACUCAUUCAGUCUAAAAAUUACUGCUACAGAUGGGGAACACUUUUCCGAUCUCAUGUUUGUGAACAUAUCUGUAGUGCAAGGGAAGUCACCGCCCAAGAGCUUUAGUUGUACCGAAACCAGAGUAGCCCAACGACUAGCUGAGAAACUUCUGAAGAAAGCCAAAGCUAGCAGUAAACCCAAAAUGGAGGAGGGCUUUAUCGACCUGUUCUCUGUGAACCGACAAACGCCUCAAUUUGACAAAUCCUUCCCAACUGACAUCACUGUGCGUGAGGAUGUACAAGUUGGCACGAGUGUGUUUCAGGUAAAAUCCUUUGAUGGAGACACUGGGUUCAAUGGACAACUCUUAUACGUCAUUGCUGAUGGCAAUACAGACAGUUGUUUCAGUAUUGGAAUUCUGAAUGGCGUGAUAAGCAUCUUCCUUCCUCUAGACCGUGAGAGGACAGAUCGCUAUCUUCUAAACAUCACACUGUAUGAUUUAGGCCAACCGCAAAGAUCCUCCUGGAGGCUUCUUACAGUUUACAUAGCAGAUGCAAAUGACAAUGCACCUCAGUUUCUUCAAGACGGCUACCAGGCCCACAUUCCCGAAAACACCCCUGUUGGUACCGAAGUCAUCCAAGUGGAAGCUACUGACAAAGAUCAAGGUCUCAAUGGCGAGAUCCAGUAUUCCCUACUCACCAGCACAUCACAGUUUGGCAUCAACAGCUCCAGUGGGAUUGUAUAUGUUGCAGGUCAGCUGGACCGUGAGUUUGUUCCGUUCUUCAUAUUAAAAGUGGAAGCGCGAGAUCGAGCAGAGCGAGUGGCUCAGCAAUUUUCAGUAACAACUCUUAAAAUCUAUCUUGAGGAUGUUAAUGAUUGUCCACCAGCCUUUAUCCCAAGUGUUGUUAGCGCCCGUGCACUAGAAGACCUCCCAGUGGGCACUGUCAUUGCCUGGCUGGAUACGCAAGACCCUGACCUGGGACUUGGAGGGCAGGUGCGAUACUCACUCGCUAACGACUACGAUGGCCGUUUUGAGGUCGACAAGACUAGCGGUGCCAUUCGUCUUACCAAGGAGCUGGAUUACGAAACUCAACAAUUCUUCAAUCUAACAGUUCGAGCAAAAGACAAAGGCCGACCGGUGUCUCUCCUGUCAGUUAGCUUUGUUGAACUGGAGGUGGUGGAUGUUAACGAGAACCUGUACUCACCAUAUUUCUCGAACUUCGCCAUGAACGGAUCAGUAAAGGAAAGCGUUCGAAUCGGGACUUCUGUGCUCCAGGUCUCUGCAAGGGAUGAUGACACGGGAAGGGACGGCGAGGUGCAGUACUCCAUACGUGACGGCAGUGGUCUUGGGAGAUUCACCAUUGAUGAAGAAACAGGUGUCAUCUACACUACAGAUCUGUUGGACCGAGAGACGCAGGACUCCUAUUGGCUGACAGUGUACGCUACUGAUCUGGGAGUAGUACCGCAGUCAGCAGCACUACAAGUGUACAUACAGGUUGAGGAUGUUAACGAUAACGCCCCCCUCACAUCUGAGCCGAUGUAUCAUGCCACCAUUCCGGAAAAUUCCCCGAAGGACCAGUCCGUCAUUCAGAUCCGGGCGCAGGACCCUGACGCCACGGCAACCGAGCCCCGCCUGUCAUUCCGUAUCUCCAGCGGCAACCCGCAGAACUUCUUCAGCAUCAACCCGCGCACCGGUCUGAUUACCACAACCUCUCGGAAACUGGAUCGUGAACAACAGGCUGAGCACGUACUGGAGGUGACUGUAUCAGAUGGCGGUCCUUCUCCCAGACACACCAUAGUAUGGGUGGUGAUCCAGGUGUUGGAUGUUAACGAUAACAAACCAACAUUUCCAGAGAAGGUGUACCAGGUCCGUUUACCCGAGCGCACCCGUAAACAGCGAGGCGCUCCUAUUUAUCGGGUGUUCGCCUACGACCAAGACCAGGGUGCCAACGCUGAACUCUCCUACAGCAUCGUCGAUGGCAACGAGGAUGGGAAGUUCGUAAUCGAUGCCAAAACCGGUGUGGUUUCAUCACCCAAGAAACAGUUCACAGCUGGAACCUAUGAUAUUCUUACCGUGAAGGCAGUGGAUAAUGGACGUCCUCAGCGCUGGGCGACGGCUCGUUUGCACAUCGAGUGGAUCCGCCGUCCUCCGGCCAGCCCCGUUCCUCUCGCCUUCGACGAGCAGCUUUACAAUUUCACCGUCAUGGAAACUGACAAAGUGGCGGACAUCGUAGGUGUGGUCUCCGCCCAACAGCAAGGCUCCGCCUCCUUGUGGUUUGACAUCACAGGCGGUGAUGUGGACAGUAUGUUUGACGUUGAGAAAGGUGUCGGCACUAUCGUCAUCGCUAAACCUCUGGACGCAGAGCAGCGAUCGUUUUACAACCUCACGGUGGAGGUUACAGAUGGGACUAAUAUAGCGUACACUCAGGUCCACAUUACUGUUCUGGACAACAACGACAACGCCCCCGUUUUUUCCCAGCCCAUCUAUGACAUCACAAUCACAGAAGACACGCCCCCGGAUACUGAGGUGGUUCAGGUGUUGGCGUCUGACCGUGACGAGCGUCACCGUUUGACCUUUAGUCUUCAGAGCUGCGUUGACCCUAGCAGCAUGCGGCUCUUUCGCAUCGACCCUAGCAAUGGAAUCAUAUACACGGCUCGCAGACUGGACCACGAGAGCCGAACUCAGCACAUCCUCACAAUCAUGGUGAAAGAUCAAGAGUUCCCGUACAGACGUAGCCUUGCUCGUGUCCUGAUCGGUGUAGAGGAUGUGAAUGACCACGCCCCUCUUUUCACCAUGGUGAUGUAUGAUGGACAGGUGUAUGAAUCAGCGGCACUGGGAUCAGCUGUUCUCACAGUGACUGCACUCGAUAAGGACAAGGGCCAAAAUGCACAAAUCAGUUACAGCAUCGACUCAGGAAACACAGGAAACACUUUCCGGAUUGAUCCUGUUUUGGGCAUCAUCUCAUUGGCUCGGGAGCUGGACCUGUCCAACAUCGGUCACUAUGUCUUGUCUGUUAAAGCAACGGAUAACGGUUCUCCAGCAUUGUCUUCAACAGCUGUCGUCCGAAUUGCAGUCACCUUGUCAGAUAAUGCUGGUCCCAAGUUUCCCCAAAGUGAAUAUCAGGCAGAUAUAUCAGAAGGUGUUGCCAUUGGAACUUCAGUAAUCACAGUGAACGCUCUAAGUCUGUCCACUCUUACCUAUGACAUUCGCCACGGCAAUGGUCAUCGGACAUUCCGCAUCAACCAGUACAGUGGAGUGAUCACUACGCAGAAAACACUAGACUUUGAAACUGUUUCCUCCUAUGUGCUAAUAGUCACCGCAAGCAACAUGGCUGGACAGGCCUCAAACGCUACAAUAACUGUUACAGUUCUUGACCAAAAUGACAAUACACCGGUGUUCAAACAGCUGCGGUACCAUGGAAGUAUCAGUGAAGGUGCCGGGCUUAACAGUGUUGUGCAAAGUGACAAUGGACAACCGCUAGUCAUACGAGCAAGUGACACUGACCGCAACCAUAAUGCCCUGUUGGUGUACCAGAUAAUGGAAGAAUCUGCCAGGCGCUUCUUUGCAGUAGAUGCCGGUACUGGCUCAAUAAGAACAAUUGGUCAGCUUGACCAUGAAACCACACCUACAUUCCGUUUCCAUGUUAACGUCCGAGACAGUGGACAUCCACAGCUCUCAGCUGAGCAUCCUGCAGAAGUCACCAUUGAGGUGCAAGAUGUCAACGACUGCCCGCCUAAGUUUUCUCAGGCAUCCUAUGAAGCUGUCCUUUUGCUCCCAACUUAUGAAGGUGUGGAAGCCCUACAAGUUUUUGCUACCGAUCCCGAUGGUAAUGGCCAGUCAGAGCUCACCUACUCAUUGACCGAUGGCAGCAUAGAACAUUUCAGCAUUGAGCCAAGCACUGGACUGUUGACUGUAAGAAACAGUACUUUUAGCAAAGAACGAUUUCGAUUUAACGUCCGUGUUUCAGACGGACGCUUCUCCAGUACCGCUCUGGUUAUUGUCCUGGUUCAUGAGGCUCUGGACAGUGGCCUGGCUUUUACUCAUAAUACCUACAAUGCCAACAUUGAGGAAAACAAUGGUAACAUAACAACAGUUGCUGUCGUUACAGCACUAGGGAACAAGUUGAAUGAACCCCUGCGUUAUACUUUGUUAAAUGCAGGUGGGAAAUUUCGUAUUAGGCCAACGUCCGGUGCCAUUGAAACAGUUGGAGUCCCUUUGGACAGGGAGGAGGAGGAGGAAUAUGGACUUUUGGUACAAGCAGGCCGUGAGGAAGAUCGGCUCCGUGUUGCAAGAGCAUUGGUCCGAGUUCAAGUCAGCGAUGUCAAUGACAAUUCUCCAGUUUUUGUUGGAUUGCCAUACUAUGCUGCUGUGCAAGUGGAAGCGGAGCCUGGGACAGCGAUAUUUCGAGUGACAGCAGUGGACCGGGACAAAGGGCAAAAUGGAGAGGUGAACUACUUUCUGCAGGAUGAACUGGGACAUUUUGAAAUUGACCGUUUGAGCGGCGAGCUUCGCUUACGGAGAGCUUUCGAGGCUGAUCUCUCUAGUGUGGAAUAUCAGGUUCUGGUGUUCGCCCGUGACAUGGGAACACCACCUCUUUCUUCUUCAGUCACCUUUCCCGUCACAGUGGUAAACAGAGCAAUGCCAGUGUUCGACCGACCAUUCUACUCAGUGAAAGUGAGCGAAGACGUACCAAUAUGGACUCCAAUUCUGGGAAUAAACGCCAGCAGCCCUGAAGGCCAGAGUGUCCUUUACACAAUCACGCAUGGUGACCCAGGAACACUCUUCUCCAUUGGAUUUGACACAGGUGUCAUCAGUGUCAUCGCUGCCCUCGACUAUGAGACUAGCCCUUCCCACAGACUCAUCGUCAGAGCAACGGACUGCCUCACAGGCGCUCGUGCAGAAGUGGAUGUUGAAGUUACUGUUUUGGAUGUCAACGACAACCCUCCAGUCUUCGAGCAACCCUCAUACAAAACUGUAAUUUCUGAAUCUGCCAUGAUUGGCACUGCAGCUUUGCAAGUUCUCGCAACGGACAGCGACUCUGAGAAAAACGCAGCUGUCCGGUACCAAAUCAUUCCAGACCGCACCAACAGCACCGACCACUUCCACAUCGACAGCAGCAGUGGUCUAAUUCUGACAGCUCGCUCCUUGGACCAUGAGAUCAUCCAGCGCUAUGUGUUUCUUGUCAAGGCAGCAGAUAAUGGCUUUCCCCCACUGAGCAGCGAAGUGUGGGUCACAGUCGAUGUCACGGACACAAAUGACAAUGCUCCAGUAUUUAACCAACUGCUCUAUGAAGCCUCUAUCAAUGAGUUGGCACCAAAAGGCCACUUUGUUACAUGCAUCCAGGCCUCUGAUGCAGACCGUUCAGAUGCAGAACGCUUGAAGUAUGGCCUGGUGUCUGGAAAUGAAAGGAUGCUGUUUGAGCUUGAUGCCGCCUCCGGUGUCCUCACCCUGAGUGGCCAGCGACGCAUGCAGCGCAUGCCUUCCACCAUCACCCUAAAUGUAAGCGUUUCCGAUGGCGUGUUUACCAGUACGGCACAAGUGCACAUUCGGGUAGAGCGAGCUAAUCUACAUGCCCCCCAGUUCACCCAGGGCAUGUACGAGGCCGAUUUACGGGAGAACGCACCAGUGGGAUCAAAGGUCAUUGCAAUCAGGGCACAAGAUGCUGAUCCUGGACCGUUUGGGGAUGUGAGGUAUGUGCUGCUCUCAGAUUCCGCUCAGGACUUGUUCGGUAUUGAUGGCAAUGGACAAAUUAAGACUCUUGAACGUCUAGACCGGGAAGAACGAAGUGAGAUGGUACUGUCCAUUGCGGCUGUGGAUGCUGGUGGCCGAUCUGGAUAUUGCAGUGUCCGGGUUACCAUACUAGACGAGAACGACAAUGCUCCACAGUUUGGUGCCUCGGAGUACCAUGCAAGUGUGCGGUCCGAGGUUGAACCUGGUACCCUUGUGACGCAAGUUCAAGCCUGGGAUCUAGAUCAAGGUGCCAAUGGACAGGUGAGCUACAGUCUGUACAGCGAAGCCAGCAUGCAAGUUACUGAACUUCUGGACAUUGACCCGGACAGUGGCUGGGUUGUCACCAAAGGCAAUUUCUCCCCUUUGCGUGGGACUGUUCUGUCCUUUUUCGUUAAAGCCUCUGAUGGCGGGGUACCUGUUAGGCAUUCCCUUGUGUCAGUCUACAUACAUGUUUUGUCUGCCAAUGCCCACAUACCUUCCUUCAGCCAGCCACAGUUCUCCUUUACCGUGCCAGAGGACAUGCCCAUUGGUUCCUUGUUGGGAGCAGUGCAUCUACACACCUCAACUAGCCACUCGUCCUUACCAGUAAGCUUCUCAGCGGUGAUCGGACAGACUCCAGAGAGUAACAGUGAUGGAGUGUUUGUGGUUGACAAAGAAACUGGCAUGAUCAAACUAGACAAAGCACUGGACCGAGAGUGGACACCGGCCUAUCAUUUCAAAGUGAUGGCAAUGUUGCAGCAGGGACGUUUGGAUGCAGUUUCGGCUGUGGAUGUGGAGGUCAAAGUACAAGAUGUCAAUGACAACAAACCAGCAUUUGAGUCAGAUAACUACGAGGCAUCAGUCACUGAGGGUCUUUCUCCUGGGACUAGGAUUCUGCAAGUACUAGCUUUGGAUCCUGAUUGGGCAGCUAAUGGUCAGGUGACUUACAGUCUUGCUCCACCUGGGUUGCUUGGUGGCUCUGGUGGUGAGAACAUUGAAGAACACGGAGCCUACUUUACAAUUGACAGCAGCUCUGGUUGGAUAUCAACACUGAAAGGGCUGGACCAUGAACAGAGCCCUGCCCAUAGUCUUACAGUCUGGGCAUUUGACCUUGGAGAUCCUGCCAGCCAGUCAUCCUCAACAACUAUAACUAUAGCAGUGAGCGACUCCAAUGACAACAUACCGCAGUUUCUUCAGCCCCGUUACUACGGAAGUGUUCGUGAGAGUGAUGCACCUGGUGAAGUGGUGGCAGUAUUGAACACACGGGACAAUGACAGCUCACCUGGAAACCGACAAGUCACCUAUCAUAUUACAGGUGGUAACAGAGGAGGGGUGUUUGCUCUGGGGUUGGUUCAGGGAGAGUGGAAACUGUACGUUAAACGGCCGUUAGACCGCGAGGAACAAGAACGGUACCUCAUCAAUGUCACGGCGACAGACGGACUCCACGUUUCCACGGCAACCGUAGAGGUCAUGGUCAUCGACACCAACGACAACAGCCCCGUCUGUGACCCGGUGAGUGUUAAUCGUAAAGUGGUCUAUUCACUUGUUGAUUCCGCUGAUGGGUUCUUCUCCAUUGAUAAAUCAUCCGGGAUUGUUGUUUUGGAGCGUCUGCUGGACCGCGAGGUUCAGUCCUCAUACCAUAUAAUGGUCCGUGCGUCAGAUCAAGGUGUUCCCGUUCGCCUCUCUUCCCUUGCGAACAUAACGAUCACAGUUUUGGACAUUAAUGACAAUCCACCCGUAUUUGAGAGGAGGGACUAUCUGGCCACGCUUCCUGAAGAUGUGGCAGUGGGUACGGAAGUGGUACAGGUUUAUGCUGCAAGUAAAGACAUUGGCACCAAUGCUGAUAUUUACUACAACAUCCGAUCCGGAAACCAACAGGGCCAUUUCACCAUUAACAUCAAUACAGGGGCCAUCUCCGUAUCUCGACCGCUGGACUUUGAGUACUGCAAGGAUUAUUUCCUUACGGUGGAAGCAACUGAUGGCGGGACUCAGCCCCUUAGUGCUGUUACCAUGGUGAACAUCAACCUGACAGACGUCAAUGACAAUGCCCCCAUGUUCAGCCGCGAUGCCUACAGCUUGUCCAUCAGCGAGGAUGCUAACAUAGGAGACACCGUUGUCAAGGUGACCGCGGAAGAUGUCGACAGCCAAGCAAACGCCGACGUCCUGUAUUCCAUCGUCAGCGGCGACCGAGAGAACCAGUUCUUUAUCGAGCCAAUCACAGGCCAGAUCAAAGUCAACAAGCAGCUGGAUCGAGAAACGAUGGCUGGUUACUCGUUGUCCGUCAGAGCUCUUGACAGCGGGACGCCUGCGAUGUCCUCAACCGUUCAGGUCAACAUCGACAUCUCUGACGUCAACGACAACCCACCCUCCUUCACUCCAGCCAAUCACACUGCUGUUAUACAGGAAAACAAGCCUUUGGGAACAAGUGUCCUACAGCUGUCUGUCAUCGAUAAGGAUGCGAGCCACAACGGGCCGCCUUUUCAUUUCCACAUCCUAUCAGGAAAUGAGGGGGCGUGGUUUAAACUGGAUAGAGAGGGGCUGCUGACAUCUAACAAGGUGUUUCGUAGGUCCGAGGGCACAGAUUAUGCCAUUCACAUACAGGCCAGUGAUUCGGGCAGGCCGCCCCUGUCGUCGAUGGCGACCGUGUUGGUGCGUGUGAUAGAGGAGAGCGUACACAAGCCAGUGGCAUCACCUUUACAUGUGCACAUCGUAACCAUGGAGGACGAGUUUCCAGGAGGUGUGAUCGGUCAGAUCCACGCCACAGACCAAGAUGCCUUUGAUAUACUUACCUACGGACACACACACCAGCAGAGCAGCCUGUUCAAGGUGAGUCCUCGAGACGGUCGCAUCAUCGCUCUGAGCGGCUUGGACGCGGGCCGCUACAGCUUCAACGCUACAGUAACAGACGGCCGCUUCACUGUGAACGUGCCGGUGAGCGUGCAUGUAGAGCAGGCCUCGGCUGAGAUGCUCCACGAUGCCGUGACCAUCCGUUUCGACCGCGUCUCCCCUCACGACUUCGUGUCCCGUCACCUCCCAUCGGUCAGACGCGUCCUGUCCAGUGUGAUGGCAACGCCGCGGCCCGACGCUCUGCACGUGCUCAGUGUGCAGCCGGUGGAGUCCACGGGGCAGCUGGAUCUGCUGGUUGCCGUGGAGACAGCGGAAGGCGGCGGGUUCUACAAGGCGGCGCUGGUGACACAGAAGCUGAGCUCGGCGCGCCGGCAGCUGGACCAGGUUCUGAGAGUCUCAGCUGUGCUGGAUAAGAACUGCUCGGGUCUGGACUGCAGGGAGGCCCAGUGUGAACAAACCAUCACGCUGGACUCGCACAGUCUGCUCACAUACAGCUCCACCAAAACCAGCUUCGUGUCGCCCAAGUUCCACAGGAACACGCGAUGCGUUUGCAGCGACGGGAGUUGUUCUGCUCCGUCGGAGGUGUGUGCGGAUAUGAGAUGUCCCGGUGACAUGCAGUGUGUGGGAACGGACAGCAACAGGGGGCCAUACACGUGCCAGUGUCCGCAGGGCAAACUGGGAGAGUGUGCAGGACACACCUCUCUGAGCUUCUCUGGUAACAGUUAUAUUAAGUACAGAGUGACGGAUGGAGAGAGGAAUGGAGAGAUGAAGUUAGCGCUCCGCAUCAGAACGCUGCAGAACAAGGGAAUCAUUAUGUUCACACGUACAGAUCCGUGCAGCGUGCUGAAGAUCGAGGAGGGAAAGUUGUGGUUCCAGUUGGAUUGCGGCAACAGUCCCAGGAGCAUCGGGAUCUCCGGCCGUCCGGUCAACGACGGGAACUGGCAUCACGUGGUCCUGGAGCUGCGAGGAAACUACAGCAGCCUUUCACUAGACUACAUGUACGUGGAGCGGCGACUGGCCACGACUAAAUACCGACCUCUGGGAGCAGAUUUGUCCAUUUAUUUCGGAGCGCAGGUGUCGCCUCCGGACACCCGUAGCUUGACGGAAAGAAAGGGUCUGCGGGUCACCAACGGCUUUCAGGGCUGUUUAGACUCGGUGGUUCUGAAUGACAACGAACUCCCGCUGCAGAACAAACGCAGCCCGUAUGCGGAGGUGGUGGGACUGACGGAUCUCAAGCUGGGAUGCGUUCUCUAUCCGGACGCGUGUGCCGCUCAGCCCUGCCUCAACGGCGCCACCUGCGUCAGCCUGCCGUCUGGAGGUUAUUCGUGCAGUUGCAGCGCUCUGUACACCGGAGGGCGCUGUGAGACUGAGAUCAGCGUCUGUAUGCCAAACCCGUGUCAGAACGGCGGCGUGUGUAAACCCAUCGGGAACGCCUUCAUCUGCAGCUGCAAGAGAGGAUACACCGGCGUAACUUGUGAAGAGGACGUGAACGAGUGUGAACGCGAGCUAUGCGAGAACGGUGGCGUGUGCGUCAACACUUUCGGCUCAUUCUACUGCAACUGCACGCCGGGUUUCGUGGGCAGCGCUUGCUCCGUUCGUCCCGUGCUUGUUCCGGAUAUGCAGGCUGGCCACGCCUACGUCGGGAAGGAGGAGCUUAUCGGAAUCGCCAUCGUGCUCUUCCUCAUCCUCACUCUCAUCCUCCUAUUCAUCGCCUUUCGGAAGAAGGUCUUCCAGAAGAGCUAUUCCCGGAAUAACCUUUCCAUGGUUCAGGAUCCGGCUACGGCCGCCCUGCUGCAUAAAGCCAACGGUGGGCACUAUCCGCCACUACGCUGCGCCAUCGGAGAGCCAAUCAGCUUGUACACGGAAGGAAGUCUGUCUGUCUGUCCGCCUCAGGUUCCCGUCCGGCCGAUGGCGUACACGCCGUGUUUUCCCGGAGACUCUCGGGGAACCCUGGAGAAAUGGCCAGGGGACGGCCGAGGCCCGGAGCUGACGGAAAUGAGCACGUUCCAUCCGUCAGAGUCGCCACGGAUUCUGGGCGGGACCAACCGGAGGGGCGUGGUCGUGUGCAGCGUGGCGCCGAAUUUGCCGCCCAUUUCACCGUGCCGGUCUGAUUGUGAUUCCCUACGGAAGAGUCCCUGGGAAGAGGAGGGGAAAGUGGAUUUGCUGGAAGAGGUCACAUGUUUCUCUGGCAGUAACAAGGGCAGCAACUCCGAGGUCCAGUCGCUGAGCUCCUUUCAGUCUGAUUCCUGUGAUGAUAACGCAUACCACUGGGACACUUCCGAUUGGCUGCCGAGCAUACGCUUACCAGACAUCGAGGAAGUCCCCACCUAUGAGACGGGUGAAGUGGGCGUGGCCUUAGAAUCCGACUAUUACCUCGGCGGAUUCGAUAUCGACAGUGACUACCCGCCUCCUCAGGAGGAGGAGUUUAUGUCCCAGGACCAGCUGCCUCCGCCCCUUCCCACGGAGGAAUACGACACCUCACCCGCCAAUCAACCCGUCUCCAGGGAGAGCACUCUGAGCGGGGACCGCAAGCCCCGCCCACACUUUCACCCCAGCCAAUACCUGCCUCCGCAUCAGCUGCCACUCGGCUCUGCGGGGGAGGAGUUUAGCACUUUUACAGGCAGGGAGGAGCAUCUGUCCGUCAACGCCUCCUCUGCCUCCGAGGUUUCCUCCGCGCCCUGUGGGUUUGAAGACUCUGAGACGGGAGGAAGCUUGGAUAGUUUGGAGGACACACACAUGCACCCGCAUACGCAGCAGACUGAGGUCUGAUACGCCACCGCGAACUACAGACGCAGUUAGUGACGUUAACAGGCCAUGUUUUCCCACAUAAAAGACACUAAACUCUUGCGUCUGUCAGAGUUUGUGAGAUGGACGCAGCAGAUUGGGUCUAAGGACAAACUCUCAGCGCUGCCCUCUGCAUGAGCAGCUCAAAUAUAAAAGCACAGGAAGUGGCCGGAAGUGAUGUCAUGGGUGGGGACCAGACGAUUAAAGCAACAAGAAGCGUAAUAGUGAACGGAGACCAAUGAUCUGUAGACGUGUUUUCAGAAAUCGCCUGGUGCAUUUCAUUGUUCCUUCCAGUUCCUGAUUUGUUUGGUGCUGUCCUUUGUGUGUUUGAAAUCUGGAUCUGUCUUAAAACCUAGUGAGCUGCCUUCCUAGACGAUAGUAUGCUGCCUUCUAUGAUACAAAUUGUGUUUAAAUAUUUUUAUUUGGAAUUUCAUGAAAUAAAAUCCUUUUUAAUUACAUAUUUUAGAUUAUUAAUGCAAGAACAAAA